GUAAAUAAAUGUGUAGUGAAAACAUUUCUUUAUCAAUACACAUCGAUCAGUAUCCAUACGAAGUUCUUCAAGAAUGUAGUUUAUAAAUAUUUCUAGGCAGAAACAGUAUAAAUUUGAAUUAUUCAUACAAAUAAGUUUUAUUCAUUUAUAUAUAAUCCUCGACAAACAAAAAACAAAAGAAAAAGGCUCGCAGCUUCAACAAAAUAAGUUAUAGACGCCGGAUAUAUCACGCUGCAUUUUCUCCUGAAAAAGAAAUUAGCUAAGAGACCUACCGGACAAUUCGUAAUUUAAAGUUUAAUACGGCAUGGAUUAAUAAGUUUAUUUUAUUUUCUUCUUCUUUAGUGUUGUUCAAGUUGCGAUAAUGAUUCCAUUAAUCGUGCAUUGGCGUGGCUAUAUAUUUAUUAUUCACCGGUUCUCUUAUGUGGCCAAUGUUAACUGUCUCUCAUUAUUAUACUAAUCUCUAACGAUCUUAUACAAAUAUAUUUGAAUAGAUAGUUAUAUCAAAAUAAUAUAUUAAUGUGUCGUGAAGGAACAAAGCUGGUCUCAGCUCUCAUUGUCGACCCCACAAGUUGACUGAUCGUGUUCAUCAUCAUGCAUGGCUUUGUAUUAUUUAUUUAAUUACGACUUGUUCUCGACACAAAUGAUUGUAGUUAGUUUAAGAAUCUCUUGAUUUCUCUUAUCAUCACCAAAUCUUCCUCAAAUCAUCGAGUACAUCUCCAACCUAUAUAUAGUUGCUCAAGAUCAAGAACUAUUAUAACAAAAAAAAACUAACUAGAAGAAUAAGAAGGGAGAAAGACAAGCAAGUGUUGAAGGUUAGAGAGAUGGACGUUUUUGUUGAUGGUGAAUUGGAGUCUCUCCUGGGGAUGUUCAACUUUGAUCAGUGUUCAUCAUCUAAGGAGGAAAAACCGCAAGAUGAGAUGCUUAGCCUCUCUAGCCUUUACAAUGGCCAUCUUCAUCACCAUCAUCAGAACGACGUCUUGUCUUCUGACCAACAUGCUUUCUUGAUUCCUGAUAUGUUCCCAUUUGGCGUGAUGCCGGGAGGGAAUCUUCCGACCAUGCUUGAUUCUUGGGAUCAAAAUCACUUCCAAGAAACGGCAACGCUUAAGAGGAAACUACUUAACGUAGAGAAUCCACACAACACUAACUCUAACUGUGACGUCACAAGACAUGAGCUUGUCAAACCCAAGAAAAAGCAGAGGGUAAACCAGGAAAGCAAUACAGCCGACGAAAGCAACACUAACUGGAGAGAUGGUCAGAGCCAAAGCAACAGUUCAGACGAUGAAAAGGCUUCGGUCACAAGUGUUAAAGGGAAAACAAGGGCCACGAAAGGGACAGCUACUGAUCCUCAAAGCCUUUAUGCUCGGAAACGAAGAGAGAAGAUUAACGAAAGGCUCAAGACACUACAAAACCUUGUACCGAACGGGACAAAAGUCGAUAUAAGCACGAUGCUUGAAGAAGCGGUCCAUUACGUGAAGUUCUUGCAGCUUCAAAUCAAGUUGUUGAGCUCAGAUGAGCUAUGGAUGUACGCACCAUUGGCUUACAAUGGGCUUGACAUGGGAUUCCAUCACAACCUUUUGUCUCGGCUUAUGUGAAGGACUUGUAAUACAAGUUAUACACAAUCUAAUUGUAAAGAAACCGAUUUAGAACAUAUGAAUCUCUUUAAUUGGGCCCUAUCAGAGAGAGGUCUACUUUUGGACGUACCACUUUCUCUUGUUGUUCAUUCUAAUAACUUUUGUUAUUCUUUAAACUUCUUUUUGUCUUUUUCCUCAUUAUGGUUCUAAGAACUUGGUACUUUUUAUUAAUGUAAUCAUGUUAUUAAAAUAUGAAAAAGUCAACUGGGACUAAUAAAAUAACAGUCUUUUUUUUCCCUCUGAAUUUGAUUGAUGAAACUGAGAACAUACGAGAUAAUAUCCAAAAGCCGGCGGAAACACAUUACAAUCCCCAGAAACAUAGACCAUAAACGGGAUUCUCAAACCCAAACAACGGGCAACAGAUACAACAACUACAACAAACACUAGAGGAGACUACACUCGUACAACCGAAACCGAAGACAAUCCUUGUGAAGGAUAAUAGAAAUAAGUCGUCCAAUCAUUGAACAGCCGGCACUUUUGCCAAGAACCAACCAAGCACAAGAGAGAGUAAGCGAUGAAGUGGCCAACAUAACAGCAUCGGACCACAAAUACCUGAACCAUCAGUUCACGGUACCAAGCCAGAACCAAUACGCCUAACAAGAAACUCCAAAUCUAUAAGAGACAAACACUCGAAACUAAAGCUUCCUCCUCAAGCGAACCUUCCUCGGAAAGCCUAAAAUCUCAACUUCAUUAUACUGCUUCAUCGAAGCCACCGAAGACAGAGAGAAUCAGGAGAAAAUCCGGAAAUCACACUUAUUAAAAGACCGCGAGAAGGACUCCUUCAUGCCUGAGAGAUGGAGAGGUGCAAAGAACCCUGCAACUUCUGGAGAAUAUGUAAGAGAGAUAAGCUAAUAUAUCUGUUACCAAUUAAUUUUAAAUUAAAAACUCAUCUACAAUCUAUACAAUCAAACGAAAGCUAUAAUCAAUUCAGCCCAAAAUUGAUCCAUAGAUCAUCAGCCAAAUAUUCUGAAAAAAGGUUAAAAAUUUACCAUCUCAAAUGGGUUAUUAGAGAUAAUAUCUCACAUAGGAAAUUGUAAAAGAUGUUAUUACAAAUGCACUUGUUUGUGAGAAAGCAAAUCUAUACUAUACUAAAAGGAUAUAUGAGCCUUAGCUAGGCUAUCCACGUCAUUAGAUUAAAUCAACCAAUUAGAGAGCAGUACGAUGCCACAUCACUCCAGCUUUGUUGAAACCUUAUGUCUCAUCGUCUUCACCUUCUAUGUUUCUAUGUGUUUCUAACUUCUCUGAUUCUCAUCUGUAAGGUCGGGGACAACCUCAUAAAACCCUUUAUUUACUGCAACAAUCGAGACCAAGAAACUGUUGAGAAUCCCUCUGCUUUUCACUUAUUUAUACCCAUAUUCGCAUUCUCUUCCCCUCGCGCCGCAUCCAGGGCGACGCGUACAACCACAACCGCUCGACAAACCUCUGGAAGAUCGGAGGGCCUGACGAACAGCUACAGCCCCAAGAAGUUUCGAUCCAGGCACAAGAAGCUCUGCUUUGGGCCCACGACGAUGCCUGAUUGCGUCGUGUUGUUUGAUGCCGAGAGGAAGAGCUCGGUGAUUCUGGAGGCGGCGAAGCUUCAGAUUCCCGUGGUGGCGAUCGUGGAUCCGAAUGCGCCGUUGGAGUUCUUUGAGAAGAUUACGUAUCCUGUGCCGGCGCGUGACUCAGGUGAAGUUUGUGUAUUUGUUUUGUAAUGUGAUUACGAAGUGCUUUGUGGCGGAGCAGAUGAAGAUGGGGAUCGAAGAUGGGGGCAUGGUCAAGGACUCAGCUGCUUGAUUGAUUUGGUUAUGAUGAGUAACAAAGUUCGAAACUUUUUUUUUUAGUAUUGAAUAAUUGUUCUUCAGAAUUUGAAGUUCUGAGUGUUUAUUUUGCACAUUUGGAUGAUUUUGCUGAAAGGUUGUUCAUUUCUUGGAAAUGCUAUAUAGGAUAUUUGUAAGAAACAUGUUAGGUUUUAUGUCUAGCUAAAUGCCUUGGCUAUUCCAGUGUUAGACAAUGUAACCAGAGAUAUGGUUAAUACUUGGGAUAAGAACUCCUCCUGUGUAGACCCUCUUUACCAUAUAUGUUCUAUAUAUCCUUGACAUUGUUAAUGAAGCAAUGAGCUUGAUGUAGAUAACCAACUGUAUUGAAUAAUUGUUCAUCAAAAUUUGAAAAUCUGAGUGUUAUUUUGCAAUUAGGAAGUUUUGUAUGAGUCUUUUGUUCUUUGUCAAGUACAAACUUCUUAGACCAAUCCGUACAUGUCUAGAUCUUUGUAUGAGUCUUUUGUGAUCUUUGUAUGAGAAAGUUAUUUGUAUGAGAAAAUUCAAGAACAUGUAUAGAUUAUUUGUAAGAUCUGUGUAUGAGAAAGUUCGUUGUAUGUCUAGAUCUUUGUAUGUCUAGAUCUUUGUAUGAGAACAUUAGUCUAGACAUGUCCACUGGAUUAAUUAAUGAAUUCAAAUUUUAUUAACACUCAGGUUUCCUUUCUCCAAAAUUUGUUUUAGGGUUCUUCGAAAUUGGCUUUUCUAGGAAAAGCUUCCAUUGACUUUGCAGAAUUCCUUACAGAAGCAGACCCAUUAAUUGUAUCCCUUCCUCUCAAGUUUUCCAACUCUGGUUACGAUUGAGAAGAUCCAAAUAGGCAUUGAUUUAAGAUUUUUUAAGAUGAAAAUAAGGUCAAUACUUUCCAAAAAGGAUAGCUUCAGAUCAGCCUUCCGAGCAAUGAUUAUUUAUAGGGAUAUAACGAAGACGAAUUGAGCUUAGAUGCUAACAUGGCUUAGACUGUUGGUCUAGGAGGUUCAACUGAUUCCAUUGGUGAAUCACGUGGAUGGAUGGUUCGGAAGGGAAUGCACACUCGCCAGUUCCUGCAUCAAUAACGCAUUAUUGUUUUUUGACCCCACUAAUAUUCAAUCCUGGAUACAAAUCAAAAUGGAAGAAUAAAGUCCAAACCUCUCUAGGUGCCCAAAGGAGUUGGAACUGAUUCCAAUGAAGGGUUCGACCUCAGUAGAAUGAAACGUCCCAUGCUUCGUCUCCACAAUCCUCAUCUCAAAAACAAGAUCCGUGGACGUAGCAGAUAUUGGAAAGAACUGGUGCUGACAAAAGGUUCAUAUAUUGUAUUUGGGUAAAAGAACAUGAUGAUUAUGAGUUUGUCACGGAAUCUCAUUGUCAGAUGUAGUCAACUUCUUGGAUGGUUUUGGGGGAAAGCUUACGAAGUCCCAAGCUAAGCAAAUAGCAGCGACCCAUGUCUACUUUGACAAACAUACAGCAGCUGGCAAGAGCUUUUUCAGAGGCAUGUAUAUUUGACAUCAUCCAUUUUGUAGUUGAGAAGCUAUACCAGACUUUUAAACAUUUUAUCAGUUCGAAAUACCAAUGUACAAUGCAUUAGGUUGGAGUCUAAUGCCAACACUAACCCAGGAGCUGCUCUGUUCAGUCGUGUUUUUGCAAAGAUAUAUUGGGAAUGUGUUAUCACCUAUGCACCUCUGCCUUAUUAGUUGACCAUAAAGAUAACCACAAUGGUUCUGUCAUAAAAGGGAGGCAAUGGUGAAUCUGGUGACGAUAUGCCUGGAGUGGCGUCAGUGACUUCCAAACCCCACGUUGGUUACUGACAAGGCAGCUGACUCGACUGGUGGCCCAAGUGUAGGUGGUAAAUCAUCCACCAAGAUGUUGCUCUCACCUGGCUCCAAUGCAACCAAGAAAGUCCCGCAUGGCUUAAAAUCCGAGAGGAUUCACUUUUUUCCCCAACCCCAGCUUCUAAAAUAAUGCAACAGCAGCUGGUUUUCUUUUUUCCAUUUCGUCCCCACACAGCUUAAACGUAUUUUCACAUUUCAGUUAACUUUAGUAUAAUUUUAUUUCAAGCUCAUAAACUUCUGGUC